AUGGAAAUCAAGAAUCAAGAUCCAUUCAAUGAUUUUCUACCCGAACUCACCAUCGAAAUCCUCUCAAGACUCCCCUUUCGGACCAUCUUGAUAACCAAGCGUGUUUGCAAGUCAUGGCGCGGUCUGGUGGAGAGCCCCCUCUUUGCCCUAUUGCAUUCUCGUCGUCAGGCAGCCUUGUCAUCCGCCCGGGCCCCUGCCAUUGAAUUCUCAAAGGCCCACUCCUUAUUGGGGUUUAUUGAUGAUAAUGAAGUGAUUCAUAAACCACCCAAAGGUUCUGUUCUCUCUCACUCUUUUCCAAACCCUUAUAAGCCAUACAUACAUAGCUCGGUCAAUGGUUUGCUCUUCAUGAUCGACUCCAAGUCUGAACUAUUCAUAUCCAAUCCAAUCACUCGUGAGUACGUUAGGAUCGAGAUGGGUCAUGAGUGUUGUUCGACUGAUUAUGCAUUUGGGUUUGGAGUGAGCAGAAGUGGUCAAUACAAGAUUGUCAGGUUUUAUGCUCUCCAGCCUAAUCUCCGUACGUGUCAAGUAUACAAUCUAGGAAUAGGGCAGUGGAAAAGCAUCACAGUUGAGAGACAAUUGGAAUUCAUGUCCCAAAUGCAAAAUGUGCCUCCUUGGGUGAAUGGGAAUCUUCACUGGCUUAUACUUGACCUCAAGGGUAGAAAAAACCCUCCUAUGAUCUAUUGCCUCGACCUUGAAACCGAGCUAUUUAACUAUUUUUCGUGUCCUCCUAGUAUUCAAAAUUGUGAAAGGGGUUUCUAUUAUUCGAUAUCUAAUUUGGGGGGACGCUUGUGCUUCACCAAUGAUGAAUCUAAGGAUGUGUUUGAAAUUUGGUGCAUGAAGAAAUAUGGAGAUGACAAAUCAUGGACCAAGGAUUAUGUUAUCAAGAGAAAACCAUAUAUGCUCAUAUUUCGUGAUAUUCUUCUAAACUAUUUCAAAUUUUAUGAUCAUUAUUUUGGCCAGAUCCCGGAAUUUAGUACUAAUGAUUUAUAUUUAGAUAAUCCUAUAAUUCAAGAAAUCUUACUGUAUGAGCAUAAUAUGCUUUAUCCUGUUAAAGCAUUCGAAGAUGGCGGAGUCUUACUCGCCUUGCAUCCAUCUGCUCGACUAUUUUACUACUCGAACGAGACUAAAGAUAUUCAACAGAUCAAGAAAAAGAGGAACUAUGAUGAUUCCAACUUAGUUAUUCAUUGUCCGAAUUUUGUUUCCCUCAAAUCCUUGGCGAUGGAAAAUACAAGGGUUGAGUCGUUUUAA